GGCAGGCUGGAUCAGGCCGGGCAGGAGCGGACUGGGGUUCCGAGUGUCAUCGAGGGAUAGGUUGCGAGGAAAUUGGGAGUUGGGGUCGCAGCUGCCUGGGGAUGCCGCAGGGGGAGGGUUCUCACGCUGCACGGGGCGGAGCCCCGGCGCUCGGGGCGGGACGUGGGGCCGAGAGGGGCGGGGCCUCUGAGCUGGUGCCUGGGGAAGGCGGAGCUCCCGCGCCGGGGGCGGGGCCAGGGCUGGUAGGGGGCGGGGCCUGGCCCCUGGGGGCGGGGCGGCAGCGAGAGGAAGGCGGGGCCUCGGGUUUGGCGACCAAGGGGGCCGGGCCCCAGGCGCCGGGGGCGGGGCUUCGGCCGGAGGGCGGCGGCGUUGCCGCUCAGGAGAAGGGGUCCAGGCCUGCCGGGGGCGGGGCUCCGGGGCCAGGGGCGGAACUGCGCCCUCGAAAGGGCGGGGCCAGGGAGCCUAGCGAAGGGGCAGGCCCAGGUAAUGGCCCGGGGCGUCCACGCGGGGGCGGCCUCCGUGGUGGGCGGGCCUGGGGGCGCGCGAGGCCGAGAACUCCCCCGGGGGAGGUGGUGUGGGUGGAACGCGCCAGGCGGCCACCCGACGCGGGGCCGGUCUGGGUGCCCCGGACCCCGAGGGCUCAGAGCUGGGGCGGCGCCCCGGGCGGAGGCGCAGGACCGGCCUGGGGAGUGCCCCCCGAGGACCGGGGCUCCCCAGAACCACCCAGUGGCGAUGUGUGGGUGCCUCGGGGCCGGCCCCCUGCAACGACCGCAGAUGUGUGGGUGUGCUGGGCGGGAGGCAACUGGGUGUGGCGCGAGUGGGGCCGCCCAGUCGGGGCAACUGCUGUGCAGUCAGAUAGGGUCUGGACUUUGCGUAAAGGGACGGGUGGGAACUGAAAAGUGGAGCUGGGCACCGGGAGGGAAUGAAGGUCUGGGAGUGAGCAAAGGGGCGGGGCCCUGGCUGCUGUGGCCUCCCCUGACUCCCUCCCCUCGCUGCUGGGGUCCUCG